AUGGGGAACCACAAUUCCUUUUCAUCAGAAAACGUUCAAGAUAGUUAAAAAAUGUAGAUGGUAAUUUCCUUUAAUUAUGUUUAGAUCCAUUGGUAUGUUGAGGUAGAAAAAGAAGUCUAAAAAUUAGGAUUUAAUGUUAAUGUUAGAUCUGAUCAUCUUCAUAAACAAAAUUUUAUGCAAUUAUAUUAAAUAGUUAAACCAAAAUAUGAAGAAGUAGUAACACUGAGUACUACAGAAUCUCUGUUUGCAACUGAGUUUGAGAAUAUCAAAAGAUCGAAGAAAACUCUAGAUCCUUUUAAAGAAUUCUUUGUUACUACUUUGAUUUAGGACAAUGAUCCCUGUUUAUAAAAGUUUGAAUAACAAGUACUUCAAUAACUAUCAACAUUAAAUGGUUGCUUGUUGGAAAUUUUUUAAACUUUUAGACAAACUUAACUGCCUAAUUGCAGUAAAGAAUUAGAUAAAUUUAUUAUUAGAUUUCGAGAUUCAUUUGUUUAAGUAAGUAAUUCUAGAUAUUUAAUUUAGAUCUUAAUUCAUUACUAUGAUUUAAAUUUAUUUGCUUCCCUAAAUAAAUGUCAUUUCUUAAAUACUUCUUCUCUUCAAUGUUUAGUAUCUAAUAUGAUUUUUGAUGAUCAGGUUGCCUCACAUCUUUAUCAAAUUAAAAAGCUAGAAUAAAUAGAAGACAAUGAGAAAAUACACAAUAAAUUAUAAUCAUUCAAAGAAAGAACACUAGCAGAUUUUGGAAUUUCUAUUAAAUAUUGUCUAGAUUGUACUACAAGAGAUUAUAUAUAAAGUAAAUUAUCAUUAAAAGCUAAUACAUCUAUUUAAAAUUCAAUGACUUUUACAAGAGAUAUUGUUGAGACACUAAUAAUAGAAGAUGUUGA